GGGCCGGCGGGCGACGUGACGAAAGGAGUAGGUCGCGCGCGGCGCAGCGCGACGAUCCGGGCGUCACGUGGUACGGCGAAACUACCGGGGGGGGCAAAAAAACCCACCGACCCCGGUCCCCAGAGUUAUGUGGCCUUCAACUGACGUCAAACGGGACGGCCGCCGGGGUUCAACUCGCCCGGUUUGUCCUCGGCACGCCGGGCAACCAAGGGAACCAGCGAAUUAGAGUCGGCCCGUCGACUGGCGACGCGCAUGCGGAAUACCGGCAUCACCCGGGAUGGAAAGCAACUGCCCCCACUGAGGUCAAUCCGCCACCACCAACCCCCCCCCCAACAAGAGGAGUCCAGUCCGAUUCAACUUCCCCAGCAGGCACUCUCCCCAAGUCCUGGAUCUUGCGGCCGGAAGCCCGUCAAAAGCAGGGCCAUCGGUGGCCGUGGGAGGGGCGGUCGGGAGCCGGUGAUGUCCGACAGCCAGGACCGUGCGCCGGAGGGAACGGACGCCGACGAAGAGGAGAGUGACGGGGAAGGGGAGGGGGUGAGCGCGGUGGGAGGGGCCCGGCCCCCGUCCACUUGCCCCGUCUGCUGCCAGGCCUUCGCCACACCCUCCAGCCUGCAGCGGCACCAGCGGGUCCACACGGGCGAGCGGCCCUUCGCCUGCCCCGACUGCGGCCGCGGCUUCUUGCAGUCCUCCAGCCUGCAGCGGCACCAGCGGGUCCACUCCGACGAGCGGCCCUUCCCCUGCCCCGACUGCUCCAAGCGCUUCAAGGGCCCUCAGGACCUGCGCGUCCACCGGCGGACCCACACCGGUCAGCGCCCCUUCCUCUGCUCCAUCUGCGGCAAAGGCUUCGCCCAGUCCUACAGUCUGCUGGCCCACCAGCGGCUCCACACCGCCCGCAGCCUCUGCACCUGCCCCGUCUGCGGACAGUCCUUCUCCCGGCCGGCCGAGCUGCUGGACCACCGCAGGCUUCACCCCGGAGUCUAGCCCCGGCUUGAGGCUCGAGACCCUCUCCCCCGGCCCCUGCACCCAAUCGCCGACCGGGAAACACAACACUGGACUGGCACCGUCCGUGGUGGAAGGAGCAGAGAGCUGGGACAAUCAUCCUGUAUGCGGGGACUUUGAAAGGACAGGUGCGGGGAG